GGGUGAAUUUCCCCGAGACUGCUUGGGCGACAGCUUUUUCCAGAACUACACGGUGGGGACAGACCUGGUCACGGAUAUGCUUUCAGCAUCAGUGUCUUCAUGCCUGGCAACUUUAGUCACUCGCCAUUUGCACAUACACGUGUUAGGCAAGAUUUUAACGAGACGCUUUUCGUCACAGCCACCUUUAGCCCGAGCUCGAUGAGAAAGAGCGUGAACAACGCAACGUACCGAUUAACGCUCUUCACCACUGUGGGUUAUUUCGAACUACCCAGCAAUGAACUUGACAAUAAGUUUGGACCCAUCUUGGAGACGGAUCUAUUUUCAAGUUGCCAUUACCCCGAGUGCAGAAAUGGGUCAAAGUCUCUGGAUUCCAGGAGCACCAUUACAGAUAGAAACAACCCUGGCAGAAUGGACGGGGACUUCCAUUUAGAAUACGUUCCUACUAAAGGCCCUCCUGCCCUCCUUACCGUGGCACUAUUUUGAAAGGGGGCCUUCAUUGAUACAGGGUCCCGUAAUAUCAUAGACUUAAACGACGCCAAUGGCACAUUCGGAUACCUUUGUCAUGAUAUCCCGCCUUUAGCAUACGUCCUGGGAAACAUGGGCUGCACACUGAGUGGUGCCUAUGUUU